UUGCCUGUUCUAGUAUUUCUGCUGUGCAUGAAGUUUUUUAUUGCAAGUAUUCCGUUAGAUGUGCCUGUUUGAGUCUCACUGUUUUUUUGCAUUCGAUUUUUUAUUCUCGUAUAUAGAGUAAUAUUCGUUUAUUAUAGAGGUGCUUUAAUGUGAGAAUGUGAGACAGAUUCCUUCACUUAGGGGGGGUGAAGCCAUUUAUUGUAAUUGUUUUGGGGCUAAGGAGGACAGUCCUAGACUUGGAGGUUGAAAUGCAUCUAUAGUUUAAUAAUCAGUUGAGCCAUUCAAGCAUGAGAAAAAAGUAGCGAUGGAUCUCCCAAAGACAAAGAAGAGAAGAAGUACACGCCUCCUCCUCAAGCAUGAGAAAAAAGUAGCUGAAGGUGAACCCAAGACUACCUUUGUAUGUUUGCCUCCAGAAAUCAUCAAGCACAUUCUCUCCAGGCUGCCCAAUGUCAAAUCAAUUUUACAGUCGAUGUCGGUUUGUCGUUCGUGGGAACUCUGUGCUCGUGAUCCCUAUGAUAUUCAAUUGCACUUCUCUCAGAGUAGUGUUACCCAGUCUAAACUCCUCUAUCUCUAUUCAUCUUUUAAAAAUGAACUCCACUCUGUUGAUUUUUCUGACAUCAAUGAAAAAGGACUGAUUGGGUUUCAUCCAGUUACCAAAGAUUACAAAGCAUUUUGUAUACCCAUCACAUCAAAUCGGGAUGAUUCUAGGUCAAGAGCCUAUGUAUACAGUCUGUGUAGGAAUGAAUGGAUACCAUUAGGAGAGUUGCCUUAUAAAAUAGACAGGUUUUGUACCGAAGGAGUUUUGGUCCAUGGGAGACUCCACUGGCUUACUGUGCAAAACAAAGGGAAAUCAAAUCCUUUUCCUAAUAUAAUAUCAAUUGACCUCAUGGAUUAUUCUGUCAAGGAGGUUCCCAUGCCUACAGAGGUUAUAUUUCGAAAAAGUAAGAGAUCUCAACAUGUUGAUUUAGGCGGCUGUCUUUCGGUUGGCGUAAGAAGAAAUGAUUCAAGGAUGCAUAUUUGGGUGAUGAAAACAUACGGAAUGGAAUCGUCUUGGGUGAAGCAGUAUGUUUUUGGAAGCGAGUUUCUUAAAUUUGAUCGCAAAUUUUGGUGCCUUCGUGAGGAAAUGUUAUUGAUUGUAUGCCUUCUUAAUAAUGAGGAAAUCUUGAUAAGUUAAGAUGGAUAUUGUGAUGGAACUUUGGCUUCAUACAAUUUUGUUACUAAAAGUUGUAAGAUUCUCACUUUUGGUGGAACAUUGCCCAGAUAUCCAUUUAGGAUAGAAUAUGACACACGCUGGUUAGCUUAAAACAUCAUUUGACUCACAUUCAGAUAAUGCUUUCUUGAUCAUGCAGCUGCUAUUGACUGAUAUCAUUAGGUUCUGAUAUUCAAGAGUCAGAGGAAAAGAAUUCUGUGAGGGGAAAGAGGGCAGGC